CUCUCGUCUCCUCUUUCGUCUCCUCACACCUCGCUCCGCUCCUCACUCUGAUCGCGAGCCUCAGUAACUUUCUACAGCGAGAGGGAUGCAGCGCGCGCUCAGCGCAGCCUGAAAAUGGCAACCCUUUGGAUUUAUCCGUCCCUUCUUUUCUUUCUCUUUACCUCCCUCACACCGAGUCAAGCCUUACGGAAUUACCCUGAGAAUGAAGUUACAUUGCUGGACACUAUGUCUGCUCUGGGAGACCUUGGCUGGGAGGCCUACCCAGCAGAAGGGUGGGAGGAAAUCAGUGUGAUGGAUGAGAGGAACACCCCCAUGCGCUCCUACCAGGUGUGUAACGUGAUGGAGGCUAAUCAGAACAACUGGCUUCGCACACGCCACAUCCCGCGAGAUGGAGCGCAGCGCGUCUACAUCGAGAUUAAAUUUACCCUCCGUGACUGCAACAGUCUGCCUGGAGUCCCCGGCACCUGCAAAGAAACUUUCAACAUGUACUACUACGAAUCCAACAACCAAAACCUCUGGUUUAUCAAGGAGAGCCAGUACAUAAAAAUUGACACCAUCGCAGCCGAUGAAAGCUUCACGCAGACUGACGUCGGUGAUCGCGUUAUGAAACUGAACACAGAAGUGCGGGACAUCAGUAACUUGAGCAAAAAGGGUUUCUACCUGGCUUUCCAAGACGUUGGGGCUUGCAUUGCUUUGGUGUCCCUGCGAGUCUUUUAUAAGAAGUGUCCUCUUGCGGUUCUCAAUUUGGCCCAGUUUCCCGACACAGUUACGGGUGGAGAUUCAGCUUUGGUGGAGGUGCGAGGAUCAUGUGUGAAUGACUCAGAGGAGUUUGAGGCACCAAGGAUGUACUGUAGUGGCGAUGGUGGAUGGCUGGUGCCUAUUGGACGCUGUGUCUGCAAGCCAGGCUUUGAAGAGAGCAAGGACUACUGUCAACCCUGCAGACCAGGCACCUACAAGGCCUCUUCGUUGGAUGCAUACUGCACCAAGUGUCCUCCCCACAGUUAUUCCCAUCAGGAGAAAGCGUCUGAGUGCUCCUGUGAGAAGGGAUUUUACAGAGCCGACAUGGACCCGCGGUCAAUGGCCUGCACCAGACCUCCAUCUGCACCAGAGAACCCAAUCUCCACCCUAAAUGACACCUCUGUGACUCUAGAAUGGAGUCCUCCGAGAGACAGCGGCGGGCGAGGGGACGUCACCUACAGCAUCCACUGCAGGAAGUGUGCCAGCGAUGGCAAGACGUGUAAUCCCUGCAGCAGCAGUGUGCAUUUCAUUCCCAGACAGUUUGGUCUCUCGUUUCCUAAAGUGCUGAUCACAGACCUGCUGUCCAACACCAACUACACAUUCAGCAUAGAGGCGGUAAACGGGGUGUCUGUUCUGAGCCCAACCCCGAAACUGCAAGUCAAUGUCAACAUCACGACCAGUCAGACAGUAAAUGUAAUCCUGAAGGAGAGAAAAAGCAAAGACAGUAUAACACUGGCGUGGCAGGGACCCGACAGACCCAAUGGAGUGAUAGUGGAAUAUGAGGUCAUCUACUAUGAAAAGAACCAGAAAGAUCAGAACUACACUGUUCUGAAAACCAAAGGCCACAUAAUGACUGUAGAGGGACUGAAGCCGGGCACCACCUAUGUGUUCAGAGUGAGGGCACGCACUGACGGAGGCUAUGGCAACUACGGUGGAGAGAUAGAGCUUGAGACCAGUCAUGAAGAUAUGCUGGCCAUUGGGGAUCCUAACCAAUCUACUAUUCUGGCGGUGUCCAUUGCUGGUGGCAUUGUGCUCCUUAUCUUUCUGGUGGCCUGUUUUGUAGUGAGUGGAAGACAUUGUGGAUAUAUCAAAGCCAAGCAAGAUCCAGAUGAGGAAAAAAUGCAGUUUCAAAAUGGGAGAGUGAAACUGCCAGGAAGCAGGACGUACAUUCACCCCCACACUUACGAGGACCCAAAUCAAGCCGUACGAGAUUUUGCAAAGGAAAUCGAUGCCUUCAAUAUACACAUAGAGAGAGUUAUAGGUGCAGGUGAAUUCGGGGAGGUUUGCAGUGGACGUCUGAAGCUCCCCAGCAAGAGAGAGAUCUACGUGGCUAUCAAAAGUCUAAAGGCAGGAUACUCGGAGAAGCAGAGACGGGACUUCCUGAGCGAGGCCAGCAUCAUGGGCCAGUUCGACCACCCCAACAUCAUCAGACUGGAAGGAGUUGUUACCAGAUGCAAGCCUGUGAUGAUUAUUACAGAGUACAUGGAGAAUGGAUCUUUGGACACUUUCCUAAAGAAACAUGAUGGGCAGUUCACAAUCAUUCAGUUGGUGGGCAUGAUGCGUGGGAUUGCUUCAGGAAUGAAGUAUCUGUCAGACAUGAGCUAUGUCCACCGUGACCUGGCAGCACGUAACAUCCUGGUCAACAGUAAUCUGGUGUGUAAGGUGUCUGACUUCGGACUGUCCAGAGUGCUAGAGGAUGAUCCUGAAGCUGCAUACACCACACGGGGUGGAAAAAUUCCCAUUCGAUGGACAGCCCCAGAGGCUAUAGCAUACAGGAAGUUCACCUCAGCGAGUGACAUUUGGAGUUAUGGCAUCGUCAUGUGGGAGGUUAUCUCGUACGGAGAGCGGCCUUACUGGGAGAUGUCAAAUCAAGAUGUCAUAAAAGCUAUAGAUGAGGGUUACAGGCUGCCAGCUCCGAUGGACUGCCCAGUGGUUCUCCAUCAACUGAUGCUGGACUGCUGGGAGAAGAGCAGAAGUGAUCGACCCAAAUUUGGUCAGAUCGUCAACACCCUCGACAAACUGAUUCGCAACCCCAACAGCCUGAAAGAGCUGGCCAACAGCUCAGUGUGGGAAGACCCCACCACCCCAGAAUUCAGCGUGAGUACGGUGGAUGAAUGGCUAGACAGCAUCAGAAUGGGCCAGUACAAAGAGAACUUUGCCACUGCGGGCUAUGUUUCUCUAGACUCCAUACUGUACAUCAGCUUGUGUGAGUUAAGCAAGAUGGACGUCACUCUGGUCGGGCACCAAAAGAAGAUUCUCUCAAGUGUCCAGAAUUUGCACGCACAUGGGACGCAUGUGCAGGUAUAACAAGCCUUCUCCAGCGCCUGCCACAGCCUGAGAGCAUACAGACUGAAAGAGUUAACCACUCCCAGAAAAGUUCCUAUCAGCAGCUUCACCAUACACUUCUCACCCUGGAUGUUUCCACAUACAAUCCCUUGUCAACACUCUGGCUUCCGUCCAUGCAUGUCCGAGCUUCCUCUAAGCAGAUGGACACAGACUGAUUUACAAUCUACAAGGCCAAGGCAUAUCAGAUAUGACAUACAGUUAUUAAACAAAAAUAAAUGUAAAUAAUUUGGGAAAAUUCACAGCUUGUGUAUAGUCAUUUUAGUUUCAACAACUGCAUUUCAUAUGAGACAUAUUUUGCAUUUCAGAGGUUGGAAUGUUACUCAGAUUAAAAGGAGGGGUGUUGUUUCUUUUUAACAUCCAUAUUUGGGAUUUGAGAACAGAGUAUUAGAAUCUUCCUUAAACAUCAUCUAUGAGCCACCGUAAAAUAACAUAAGAUGUUCUUAGUAUAUUUUGUCAUAUUUGAGGCAUUGUUUGGACUGAUGGCUUCUCACCAGGGUGCAGCAUCCAGUAUUCUCCAAAAAGGCAACAUGAAUUUGCAUUGCUUCAGCUGACGGAUACAUUGCUUCGAUCCAUUGGAGACUGCAGAGGAGACGUCUGAGGCUAUGUCUGCUGACAACAGCAAAGGCAAGCGAGGGAUUGCAAGAUAAAAGCAUCGCUUUUUUAUUCUAGUAAGCUGAAAAAUAGCUGCUCCUCACUCAUUGUAGUGUUUCCUGUGUUGCUUUGAAUAAUGAGCUUUUCAAACACACGUCCAGAUAUGUCUUAAAGUAAAAUAAAACUAGAAAUUGUAUUUCUGUCAAUUUGCUGCACAGAUACCAGAUGUAUUCAUGACAAAUCUUGUAUUACUGCAGUCCAGUGUUUGGUUUACUGGGACGGAAAAUAAGAUUGUGUACAAGUCAUUAUGAAGUAGUAGUGAUAUUCAUGUGUGCGUUGUCUUGAUAAACAUGAUGCACCAUGUUCACAUCAUCCUUAUGUUUACACUUGUGUAACUAGUGUGUGAAAACCACAUCAUAUACUAUUGUACUAUAGUGUAUAAAAUGUACAGUGUUGGUUUAAAAAAAGAAAACAAAAGUGAAAAAAACAAAACAAAAACUAGAAUGUUUGUAAUGAUGUACUUUAUUUAGUAUGAAGAGGUAAUAGCGGUCAAGUGGUGUUAUCAACGUCAUUUGCCGAUGUGCGAUAAUAACUGAUCUCUGGAAUGUAGCAUGGAUUCUAAGCUUCAUCUUUUGAUUGACAGGUGACAGUGACUGCAGUUUUUUCACUCAAGUGGUGCCGUUAGCUGCUUGAAUUUAGAUGCCUUAUUAACUGUGCAGUUCUCUCUCUUUUUUUAUCCUGCCCCCUAGAGGCAAUAUCAUGAAGUAUAAUGUACAUAGUAUUUAUCAUUGCGUCACUUAGAAACUCAAGCUCGAUAUUAAAGCCCAGCUCAAUAUGUUGGUUUAGUCUGCUGUUUUCAGAAGUAUAGAAAUGCGUUCGAUCCACUGCUUUCUUACAGGAAGUAUAGGGAGAGAGAGACUUUCGUGAAUCUAUUGGACUGAACUAAAUUAGUCAUGCUAACUUUACUGAAAUUUAUUUGCUGCACUGUAUAUUUUUGUACUAGUGAGGUUUUUCUGUAAAGUAGAAGUCUACCUGUUUUAUUUAAAUAUAUACAUAAGACAUAAAUACUAGAAAUAAUGGUACAGAGAGAUAAUCAUACAAGCUGUUGUCCUUUAAGUCAAGAUUCCCCAAUGUCUUUUCCAACUGUUAUUUCAUUUAUAUCAUGAUUGUAUUUCAAUGGUUGAGCACAGCACUGGAACUAGUCGCUUACCCAUCUGGAAUCUGCACUUCUUCACAUUUUUCUGUGUUAAUUGUGGGGAAAAAUCUGUGGAAUUUUGCAGAUUGGAUGUAAAUAUGGUAAAACAAAGAGCUCUGCAGUUGAAAGAAAUGUAUUUAAAACCCUUUCAAAAUGCUAUUAUAAUGAGUUUGAUUGAUAAAAAUAUGUUUUAAUUCUACAGAAAUCUGUGUAAUUUUGUAGUCGCACAUUCCAUAUGGGCUUAUUAAGUGCACACGACCACAGUUCCUUCCUUCAAGUGUACAUUUCUGUCAUUUUUUGUGUGCUAAAGGAAAAUUCAUCAUUAUCUAUGUCAUUCAUUAGAGUAUGCAUAACUGGAUAAUUUACAUAAAUUGGUAAAAUUCUUGAAACAGCAUAUGCAAGGGCAAUGCUAUUGGACCUCAAUGACUUAAGUUUCCCUGAUUGAAGCAGCAACAACAAAUAAUGAAGUUUAAAAUGAACUGGAUUCACUAAUGCAAAUUCUACAACUACAGCAAUUGUUUUAGUUUUAUUCAUGCAUAUUUUAAGAGAUAAAAGCAAAUUCCUUAAACAAGUGAUUAUACAUUGCAAUGAAUUCAUUGGUUGCAUCCUGAGAUUUGUUAAUGAAUCUAAAAUACUCAAUCUGUGUUUUCAAGAAUGCCAUACAUUCAUUAUUUUUUAUGAAUGUCAUUUUAAAUCCCAAAUUAAAUUCUAUCUAGGGACUUAACAUGCUGAUGUGGCAAAAUUGGCUGCAUGAACGAGAUACAUUUGAAGAUACACAAGUUCCAAUUGAAACUAUAAUAAAAACGAAUGAUGAUGAUGAUGGCAAUUAAUAACCAUCAAUAAAAUUUAAGCUUCAAUCUUUACUGCUGCAACACUAAUAAAAACCCAUGCCAAAUAUCAAAUACAGCUAAAUAAAAAAAAUGUCUAUAUACUGUAUAUGCUCACCAAAUUAUUUAGACAGAUGGUUGUGUGACUAAACAGUGUUAGUGACUGGAUAUGGAAUGUUGUAAAUAUGAUAGAACACUGACGUGCACAGAAUGGGGGCAGCAGGGGCACAAGCCCCUGCCCCUUUUGUUCACAAAUCUAAAGGUGCCCUUUUGGUCAUCCAGAAAAAGGGGAGACAUUUUUAUAAUUAAAUUAAAAUAGUUAAACCAAAAUUAAAAUCUUGUUUUAAUCUCACAAUAACAGUAAUGUGUUAUGAGAUUUAUUUGUAAAUCGCAGGCGUAUGAAAGAAAAUUAAGUGGAGGUGUCUUUAAGAGUGCGUGCUACAGCAGAUUGGGGGCAGAUUUCAAUCGCAGGUGAUCCUCCCUAUGCCCUAUACUCACUCCGAACUGCAGAGCCAUUGAAGUGGGUACUCUGAAGGAAACAUGGUAUUACUGUAUGAAUGUACCCUUCACUAACAGACUUGUGGAAGGGCCCUCCGAGAAAAUAUUCAUUUUCUCACUUUCGUUUUGAAUAAACUUUUGAGUGGCAUCCCCUUCCAUAGGAGUGUCCUUCAAGGAAGCAAAAAAAAUCCAGUUUUGAAUUCGCCCCGGAACAUCGAAGUGCCGUUACCUCUGACGAGUAACAGGUCAGAUAAAAAGUCCACUCCAUGUAUUGUGCUGUAAGUUCAUUAAAAGAAUAAUACUCGAUUGCUGCGUUGCUUUCAGUAAUAUAAAUAAAUUGUGUCUUUUAUAGAAUAUUGACAUAAACUGAAGGAGCUGUCAGGUUCAGGCAAAGCCAGUUUGGUUUUGUUGAAACUAAUAAGCUGUUAGACUAAUUACUUUACCAUUAGGCUACCACCGUACCGCAGCUCCCUAUACGCAUAUUAUGCAGUCUGUGAAGGGCACCAACUACCAUGGGGGGCACCAUCACACCCUAGCGGAAACCAGAAACUCCACCGUACACAGUCGAUCGCCUCGCGCUCACACUUUCUCAUCGCGCCUUUGCACUCUUUACCACGUUACCAGGGUAAUGCCAUGAUACUGAAUGAUUGAUCAUGUUCAUAUUUCAUGAUACUGUCAUGGUACUCCAAGAUAUUAAAACAAAUAUCAUGGUUUACUAUGACACGUCAUAAACAUGGGGUUAUCACAGACCAUGUCUGAAAAUAAAUAAAUAAACAAACAAGUGUAUUACCAUGGAACAGAAUAGGCUAUUAUUUGUGAUAAAGAAAAAAAAAAAUAUAUAUAUAUAUAUAUAUAUAUAUAUAUAUAUAUAUAUAUAUACAGUAUAUACUGUAUAUACAAGAAAAUGGUUAAAUACUCAAAAAGCAAAGAAAUUAGUUAAGUAUUUAUAAUUACUACUCAUAAAAAAAAUAAAUAAAAAAAAAUCAGUGCCCUUUUUUGUCCUUCCGCCCCCGUCUCUGCUAAGGUCUGUGCACGUCACUGUGAUAGAAGAUGAUAGAUGAAUCUUGCUUAUAAAUUGUCUAUCAAGUUGUUGUCUUUUUUUUCUGCCCUGGCUCUGUACAUGUGUUUGGGCUGAUCCAUUGUGAGAUGAUCUCUGUUCUUUUGUAAGCUAUAUGCCCAUCUCUCCACACACUUCAGGUUUAUAUGAGCUCGCAAAGAAGGGGUGGUCAAAUUGAGAUUCUUCAUGUCGCUGUAAUAAAUGCUAAAAUUUUUAAUUUCUCACCUGAAGCUUUGGCAUCUCUUUUCCAUUUUGUCAAUGAAUGUACAAACAGUUCUUAAUUGUUAAUCAGAGACUCCACAGGACACAAAUAUGUUUACACCGAAACUUCAAGACAAGGGGUGUUAAAAUGCAUUGAUGCACUGCGAUGCAUCAGUUACAGAAUUUUUUUUUUUUUCAGUUUAUUUUUAAAAAUACACCAAAUCCAGACCCUCCAGGUGUAAAUUGUCC